GCGACAUGACGGACGGUGGACGGUAGGUAACAGAAGCUUGAACUUCUGAUUGCAUAUCUCACCGAGUCUAAACGGAACGUACUCUAGACUAGGAUGAGCCGUAGCUCUUGCAGAUCUUGAGGUGCGGCGGCUUCCCCGGAAGUCGAUCGUGGAAUCGAACGCAGCCUCUUCAAGUACCUUGUAGAUCACGGCAGAACGUGAACGACGGCGCGAUUGUGCGUUAAUUAUGUGAGUGCGGUAUCGAGAGGUUUCUCCGAGCGAUAAAGUGUGCGGGGACAUCUUUUAUCGUGUCAUGUUCUAUCACGAGUACGAGAAACGGCUGGUGAAGCCGGUGGUAGUCGGCGAUGGCUCGUCGCCGACGACGGGUACGACGCUGUUACCCAGUCCUGUCGCCACCUAUUCACCCAUCUAUUUUUCACCUACGAAGACGUCGGCCUGCAACAACAGCUAUGAUCGUUUCAUACCCACUCGUUCAGGUAACAACUGGCAGACUACGUUCUCCAUGAUUAGCGAGAACGGCCGAGGCGGCCUAGUGGCAAAGAAGACACGGGAGAACGGUGAGGGCAGUCGCGAUGGAAUCGCGUACUCUUGCCUGCUCAAGAACGAGUUACUAGGAGCGAGCAUAGAAGAUGUCAAAGGCCAAUGCGAGGAGCGCAGAGUGCUAUCGCCGUUGGUGACCAAGAAUCUCUUCAAGUAUACCACACCCACGAAGGAUCGGACGCUAUUGGAUCAGAGUUCGCCUUACUCUCUGUCGCCUCUUAGUGCUAAAAGUCAGAAGCUACUGAGGUCACCUAGGAAAGCAACCAGGAAGAUUUCGAGAAUACCUUUCAAGGUACUGGAUGCUCCAGAAUUACAGGACGACUUUUAUCUCAAUCUGGUCGAUUGGUCCUCUCAAAAUGUUCUCAGUGUUGGUCUAGGAAGCUGUGUAUAUCUAUGGUCAGCGUGCACCAGUCAGGUGACGAGACUGUGUGAUCUAUCUAGCGAUGGCAACAGUGUUACCUCCGUCGCCUGGAACGAGCGAGGCAAUUUGGUGGCGGUAGGUACACAUAUGGGCUACAUACAAGUGUGGGAUGUAGCGGUGAAUAAGCAGGUGAGCAAGCUGCAGGGUCACAGUGCUCGAGUUGGAGCUUUAGCGUGGAACGGAGAGGUUCUUUCGUCCGGUAGCAGGGAUCGGUUGAUACUGCAGAGGGACGUCAGGACUCCGUGCGUUGUUGGCGAACGACGACUCGGUGCUCAUCGACAGGAGGUGUGCGGUCUUAAAUGGUCACCGGACAAUCAAUACCUAGCGUCUGGUGGCAAUGACAACCGGCUCUACGUGUGGAAUCUUCACUCCUUGUCACCCAUUCAGACGUACACCGAACACUUGGCAGCGGUUAAAGCGAUCGCCUGGUCGCCCCAUCAUCAUGGUCUGUUGGCGUCCGGCGGUGGCACCGCAGAUCGUUGCAUCCGCUUCUGGAACACGUUGACCGGUCAGCCGAUGCAGUGCGUCGACACUGGCUCGCAGGUCUGCAACUUGGCAUGGAGUAAGCACAGCUCCGAGCUGGUCAGCACGCACGGUUACUCGCAGAAUCAGAUCCUCGUGUGGAAGUAUCCGAGUCUCACACAAGUGGCUAAACUCACCGGUCACUCGUACCGAGUGCUAUAUCUGGCGAUGUCGCCGGACGGUGAGGCGAUCGUCACCGGUGCGGGCGACGAGACUUUACGUUUCUGGAAUGUCUUUAGUAAAGCGCGCAGUCAGAAGGAGAACAAAUCCGUGUUGAAUCUAUUCACGAGCAUCCGGUAAAUUGUAGUCGGACGAUGACCAUCGUAACGAAGUAUUGCCAAUUGACGUCGUCUUAUGUAUUUUGUACAUAUACAUACAUAACAUAUAUACAUAACAUACACGCACACAUGAAUAAAUAUGUAAUAUUCUCUAUAAAAGAAUUAUAUACAUAUAUAUAUCUAGGAAUAUAUAUAUAAUGACGUUAAUAUUAGACAGAGGAUAAAGAGAGAUUGGAGAGACCUAUAUAAAAAUAAGAAUUACGCGGUGUUCCCAACGUAUAAGAUAAGUUUGCGGAUUCUUCGUGCAGCUUACAAUAUGCGUUGAAUACUUGUGUGCAAUACCCGUCGUUAUUCUCCGGUAGAGGAUGUAUAAAUUGUAUGCCUUCACAAAGAAAAAAAAAAUGUAUCCAUUCCGGAGAUUAUCGUUACGAGACGCUUCAUAUUUUUUAUGCACUUUAUAUACACUUAUUUUUAUACUAUCGCUACAUUAUAGAAUUGUGAAUAUAUUUGUGCACAGAGCAUCCUGGAAAGUGUAAUUUUAAUUAGGACAAAUCUGAUGUCGAUUUUUUUUGUUAACCGGAUUAAAAUAUUUUAAAAUUGUAAGAAUAUUUUAUAAUUGAGCUCUCUCUUACUAUUUAAUAUAACAAAGUAAUUUUUUUAUUUUUGUUAUUCUAACUCUGAUUUUAUAUAUUAUUUUAUUUAGAGAGAGAUAUACUCAAAUUUUGAUUUUGUUUUUUUGCUUAACGAGGCAGUUAAUCACAAUCAGGAAACUUUCUUUAAUAAAAAUCGAUUUCAAAUUCGUCAUCAAAUUUAAUCAAGUCAUUCUAGGACACUCUGUUUAAGUUUGGGUAUAUUCUAUAUGUCCUAAAAAAGAUGGAUCCAAACUACAAUGAACUAUGAAUAGAAAUGUGUGCUGUUUUCUCGCACUAUUCGGACACGUAAUUAAAAAUUAAAAUAAUGAAUUAUUUUAUUUACUAAAGAGAAUGAGAUAAGAUAUAUAAGACCGUAGAUAUCAUUUCUAUUAUAUAUAAAAUCGUAUACGAAAAUAGAUUAUACAUAGGAGAAACAUUGUAAAUUGUAAGUUGUCAUUAUCUAUGUAAAAAUGUACCUGAAUGUGUAUAAGGGGCAUAAUAUUUCGUGAAAUUUAUAAUAUAUAUUACAAUAAGACAAAAAAAAGAGGUAAAAGAAGAGAAAUCAACUUGCGCGCUAUUAAUAUAAUACGAAUCAAAGUCCACUAGUCAAAUCUUUUUCGGACUCGAUAUAAAUUUAUUGAUAUAUUUUCUUUAAAUAAUUAUUUACAGAUGAAAUUCCCUUUUAUACGCGCAACAUCAUUCUCUAAGUUAUAAGAUUAUUUUUUUUCCAAAAUCAACACAUGUUUAAACAUAUCAAAGUGUAUUAAAUCUUUUCAUUUAUAUAUAUUUUCAAAUAGCAAUAUUUUAUCUAUCAAUCAAUUCUUAUUGUAAUUACACAUAUCUGAUAGAAAUGAUAUUGUUUGCGGUCUUAGCAAAUGUGAGAAUUAUUUAAAUGUUUGAUAAAGAAGCAUUUUGUGUUUCAAAAAGAUAUACUUUCUUUUUGUGCAAAAUGUGUGAACUCUAGUAUGUAUUGAUGUCCAGACAUGGAAAUUUAUUAAAUCUAUGAUGUAUUAUUAUAAAUGCAGUUGUGCAUGCAUCAAGAUCUAAUAAAUAAAAAAAAAAUCAGAUAUUUAUAGAAAAUGUAUAGAAAAGAUAUAUAAAGUAGAAUAUAUAUUGCUUUCGGCAAAUUAUAUGCAUAAAUAUCUAUUAUUGUACAAUAUUGGUUUCUGAUUCAUUGAGUGCAAUGUGUUCUUAUAGAAAACAUUUUAUCAUUUCUUAUUCUGCAAGUCACAGAAAUGCAAUCGUGCUAAUUAUGCUAAUCGUGCUAUAAAAAUAUUUCUUACAUUUAUAGGCUUAUAUUCUAAUGCAAGAUAUUUAGCUGGUUAGAGAGUUUUGUAAAUCUAUCAUUAAUUCUUAAUGACACAGUUACAAGCGAAAUCUAUCGUAUAUAUAAUAAUCACACUUGUGUACAAUCUAAUUAUAAUUCUUUUCAGAAAAAUAUAAAAUUGCGAAAUAAAGUAUAUAUAUACAAUUAAUAUAUAUACAAAACAUAAUUAUACUUUCAAAGUUAUUGCGUAACUAUUGUAUAAUUGCUUGCAAGUCAGAUAAAUAAAUGUUAGAAUAAAGUAUUCAAUAGACUUUCAUAGAUAUAUUUGAAUAUAAGAUAUAUUUGAAUAUAGGAUAAAAUAAAGUGAUUCUGUUAUAAAAACCUUUUAGUCUAAUGAAAAGUGAGCAUGUGAAAAAUUAAAAUUAUAUGAUAAUUAAAUAUAAAUAGAAAUA